AUGUCCAGGCUUCACAGUGGUUGGCUGAAUGCCCAGCUUCGGGACUCACAUCAGCCUGAGUCCAGAGACUGGAUCCGGCUCCUCCCGGGAGAACUCGGGCAAGUCCCCACCUUUGCCCUUGAGAACCUUGAUGGCUCCACGACGUGCGGGGACGGUGACCACAGCGCCAGCAGCAGUGAGACCAAGGUCUGCGCGGCCGAAAGCGCCUCCGCCGGGGCCACCCUGCGGCCGCUGCUGCUGCCGGGACACGGCGCCCGGGACGCGCACAGCCCCGGGGCGCUGGUCAAGCCCUUCGAGACCGCCUCGGUCAAGUCGGAAAACUCGGAAGACGGAGCGGCGUGGAUGCAGGAGCCCGGCAGAUACUCGCCGCCGCCGAGACACAUGAGCCCCACCACCUGCACCCUGCGCAAGCACAAGACCAACCGCAAGCCGCGCACGCCCUUCACCACGUCGCAGCUCCUGGCGCUGGAGCGCAAGUUCCGGCAGAAACAGUACCUCUCCAUCGCCGAGCGCGCCGAGUUCUCCAGCUCUCUGAACCUCACAGAGACCCAGGUCAAAAUCUGGUUCCAGAACCGGAGGGCCAAGGCGAAAAGACUGCAGGAGGCAGAACUGGAAAAGCUGAAGAUGGCUGCGAAGCCCAUGCUGCCCUCCGGCUUCAGCCUCCCGUUCCCCAUCAACUCGCCCCUGCAAGCGGCGUCCUUGUACGGGGCGUCCUACCCUUUCCACAGACCUGUGCUCCCCAUCCCGCCCGUCGGACUCUAUGCCACGCCAGUCGGAUACGGCAUGUACCAUCUCUCCUAAGGAAGGCUGCUCAGGGGACUCCAGGACGGAUGCUUGUUUCAGUGCCCCCGCCCCCUCCAGGAAGCAGUGCCAAGCCAGCACCCCCUCUGCAGACCUCGCGCGCACCCCCUAAGCAGUGAGGCUCACAGCCGCAGACCCCGCUCAAUUCGUUCUUUAGGCUGGACACGCAUCCAGACGCUCCCUUCUUUCCCAAAGAUUGGCUCGGACGGUUUUUAUAUAUAAAUAUAUAUAAUAAAAUAGAACACAUUUUUAUACAGCGGACAUAAAAAGUCAAAUUAUUUUCAAAGGCAAACUUUAGAUACGUGUGUGUAUAUAUAUAUACUUUUUUUUAUAUAUAUAUCACCUAAAAGAGACUGCUGAAGUUCAUUUGGUUUUUUUUCUUAUAGGGGGAGACAAGCUAUUUUCUAAAAUUGCUGAAAUUUGGUGGAACGAUUGGCUUUUUGCUUAAGGAAAACAAAUAUUAGAAUUAGACACAAAGUGCGUAGGCAAUAGAUGUGGAGAGAUUCCUCCAAGUGACAGGGACACCUCACGUGUUUGCAGUCUUCAGGCAUUAUAAAAACUAAUUAGAUGCUACCGUAUUUGGCCCUAUCCCCCCUCCCCCCUCCCAUGGCUACAUUGUUACUCAGAUUGUUACCCAGUUAAAAUUCUAAAUCCCCCCUCCCCCUUCCCAUGGCUACAUUGUUACUCAGAUUGUUACCCAGUUAAAAUUCUACUUUUUUUUUUUUGUAAGAUCAAUAAAAGGGGGCUGAGAAGACAGCUAGCCUCGGGCUAAGGUGGAAGAUGGGAGGACUUCCUAAUUCCUCCCCAGGCUGUUGCUUAACUGCAUUUCAGAUCACGGAAGAGGAAUUGAGGGUUUCUGUGAAAGGCGAGGUACCUCAGUCCUCACACUGCAAAAGUGAUUCGGGGGGAGGGGUGUAGUUAAUUCUCUGCUUUGAAAAAUGUCUUGUAACCAUUUACCUAUAUGCUAAAUAUUCUUGAACAAUGACUAGAUCCAGAAAGGAAAAAAAAAAAAAUCAUGCUUUCUCUGUGUGUGUACCUAUUGUAUGUGCUAAACGUAUUAGGGAAAUUUAUAUACUUUUUUAACCUGUUGGGGGCAGAGGGUAAGGCCGUGCUUUGACUUGCUGAAGAGGUGUCCCCGCCGCCCAUUUAGCUCCCUGGUAUUUCAUCUUCCCGCCCAUCUCUGCCCUCCCCCGCCCGCAUACGUCAUCCCUUUGAAAGGGUGUCUUGUAUAAUUUUAUAUAUUUUAUUGAAGAGUUAUUUCUUAUCUCUUAUUCCGAAUUAAAUUAAACAUUUGUUUUAUUGCAGUAAA